UCUCGAGUGUCAAGAAAUAUUACCUCCAAGAAAACUCCCAGAGGAGGGAAGAUGACGGCAAAGAUAAACUUGAAGAUGUCGGAGAAGGUAAGAGCCAUUGUUAGAGUUGUUGUAGUAGUAGUUGUUGUGAGGAAGUGAAAUUUGUGUUGAAGUUGAAAAAGAUGUCCCAGAAAGAAAAGUGCAGGGAUGGCCUCUUUUAUACUGUCCAGCUGAAGACGUGCCGUCAUCAUCACUGCACUUGGAUAGAUGGUUUUACAUUCGUUCACCUUUGCACCCGGACCAACGGAGCGGACGAUCCCUGUUCCGCCCUGCUAUUUGUGUCUUGUUGUCAGUGCGUCAUCAUUUCAUUUGAAUCGAGAACCCAAUGAUACAACCAUUAUGUGCUCACUCCAUGCCCUAUUCGGGCUUUCCUUCUUUGCUCAUCAUUUACCAAAAAUGAUUGCUGCUAUUGCUGAAAACUUUUUUUUUUGUGUCCUAGGUAGUCCAAGGCCGGCUUUUGUCAGCAUGCAAACAACUUGUGUUCAAACGGACUUGAGGCAAGCCUGGAGCAUAAUCAUGAGCCACCUCAUUGGCCUCUUGGCGAAAAAAAAAAGAGCCGUCGAUCAUACAUCAAACAAAACCUGGAUCCAAUGGUGUUUUGGUGUACGUUGGUCAUCACCGAGACUCUGUGGGCGUAAAAGCACAUGCAGGAACAAAACUUUCUUCCCUAAUAGCUUAUCGUCGCUUUUCGUUGUCUUCAAGGAAUGCAUGUUUGCAACACGGAUACGGCCGAUUCUAAAUUCUGGGUUGUGUAUUUUAGGACCAUACGUCUGUUUAUGGCUGUUGUUUGGAAUUCAGUACCCGGCCUGCCAUGGACGUAAAAUAAGGUUUCGCGUCCUGAGCACGUCGUUGAUUCCUGCUGCCAUUAUUGGCGGUGUCAAUUGAACGAAUGUACGCCUUAUCUUGAGGCUAUAGCUCUGCAGCCUAGUCGAUAGCAACAGCUAUAUUAUCUCUCUCAUAGCGGGACUCAAAUGCAACGCCUUCUUUCUUCUCAGCCACCAUGAGCAGCGAUAACCAUACAGGUUUUAGCAUAACAUAGGAUCAAUUAAGCAUGGUCGCCUGGCUCCACAUUCCACAUAACUACAUCCAGAAGGCGCAAUAAUCUCUCAAAGAAAACAUCGCUCCAAGCGUCCGUGAUAGUCAUUGUUCCU